GACAUGACAUUAGCAGAAGAAAAAUAAUCCCGAAUAGUGGAAUUUUUGACUGUUUUUGCAUGAUAUCCCUCUAUCCAUAACAAUUUAAUUCCAUAUUUAUGCCCGUGGCACUCGCUGCUAAAAUAUUAAUAUCGAUCAACCCUUUAUUUAACGCGAACUCGACGCGACAAGAGACAUGGCAUCCUCGUCAGCCGCUGGUGCAGGCACAAGCACCGACUCCGAUGGAGGGGAGCAGGAGGACCCGUCUUCCUCUUCACUAUUCGAGGUUGCAGAGGCUCUUGAAGACUUGAGCUUGGAUAAUGAUGAUGAUGAUUCUUUGAAUAAGGAGGGCUCAGACGAGUUGGCCGCUUUCCGGCAGCAAUGGCAGCGAGAGCUUGACGCCACACCGUCUCCGCAGCGCGAGCUGGCGAAGCAAGAACCGACGGAGCCACUCACUGAAGAGGACAAGGCCAAGCAACUGUUUCGCGAGGGAGUGGACCUAGAGCGACGUGGAAAGUUGUAUGAGGCCAUACAACACUACAAGCGCGCCAUGCAAAUCCUGCCUGAUGUCGAGACACGGUUGUAUGAGAGCGCUGAGCCACGCGAUAUGCCUGAAGAAGAGUCAGAAGCGGAAGAAGUGGUCCGCGUGGAGACGGAAGCCGACGAUGACGAAGACUUCAUAGAAGGCGAGGAUCUACUGACAAGACUACAGCGGCUGCAAGCGCGGAAGGGAGUGCUCUGCGAACCGGAACUCGCUAUACGGGGUGCACACAUUUCCUGGCUGCCCUACGAAGUAAUCUUACUCAUCAUGCGCUGGGUGGUGAGCUCAGAGUUGGACGCAGCGUCCCUGGAGCGACUGGCCGCGUCCUGUCGAGGCCUCUACGUAGCGGCCCGGGACAUUGACCUCUGGCGGGCAAUGUGUGUCAAGACAUGGGGCAUAGACUGCGGCGCGCCUCGCGCCCACGGCUGUUCCUCCUGGCGUCACAUGUACAUACAACGACCGCGUAUACUCUUACACGGUUGUUACAUUAGCAAGACGACAUAUUUGCGCCAUGGAGAGAACUCCUUUCAAGACCAGUUUUAUCGGCCGUGGUACCUGAUUGACUACUAUAGAUAUCUCAGGUUCUUCUCAGACGGUGUAGUCUUAAUGUGGACGACCCCUGACGAGCCGGUGGCCUGUGUGUCUCAGCUGAAGAGCCGGCACCGGCUGGCGGCCGGCGCGUUGCCGGGACACUACAGACUUGUUGGAGACAAGGUUGUGAUCGUAGUAAAGAAAAGUAACGACAAGAAAUCCGCACAGACCACUAAUACGCGAUUCCGCUCGCGGCGAAAGGAGACUCACGAGCAUCAUGACACUAUUUACCACUUGGAGCUCCAACUCCGUCCAGUCCGCAACCGCAACAACUGGCAGCUGCAGUGGCGUGGCUACCGCGUGUCCACGCGCAAGGAACAGUGGACGCAGUUCGAGCUCUCGCCCGCCAAGUUCCCGCCGUUCGCCUUCUCGAGGGUCCGCGCCUACACCGCCGACACUUUUGCGCCGCUGUGAGUCACUAUUUAAAAGUAAUUGCCACGCCAACCGGGCCAGCUCGUGUCAUACGGAUUAUCAACAGUUCG